UGUGUGUGUGUGUGUGUGUGUGUGUGUGUGUGUGUGUGAGUCUUUGUUUAAAGACGUGGGUUCAGCAGCUGGACAGAUCAGACAGGCAGCAUGCUGAACGGGUCACCUCGUCCCCGCCAUGUGAUUUUUACUAUAGCAAGUUAAAGAAGAGGUCAACUCUGAAAGCUUCAGCCUUUAUCAGACACCCCAGCAUGAGUGUGCAGUUCAGCAGAAGUUGGCAGCAGACCCAAGCAUCAGAUGGAAGCGAGCGCAGCGCAGGAUGACGGCUGGAGCCGCAGAAACAGCAGCUUUCAGUAAAACCACUGAGAAAAGAAGUGACCUCAUCUCACCCACUCUCAGCUGCCUCUCAGCACCGGUUAUCAAACAUGCUCAGUGGCCCAACGGUCCACAAGCAGGAAGUACCAAAAUAAAGCAGGACGGGGUGAGGGGGUGCAGUGAGGACAGCUUCUCAGGGAGGAUGGAUGACUCUAACAGGAGGAUGGUUAUAGUUUGUCUGCUCAUUGGAUUUUCAGAUUUUCUAGCAGAGGGACAAACUGUGCUGGACGUGUGUUCAACCUGCCACGCUAACGCCACAUGUGAGGACAAGCCAGACGGCCCAGGCAAAGUGUGUAACUGCAAGUAUGGCUUUGUUGGGAACGGAAGAACCUUCUGUCAAGACAAAGAUGAGUGUCAGAUAGGAGCCCAUAAGAUCUGUGGGCAGCACACCACCUGCCACAACACCUAUGGUAGCUACUACUGCACCUGCCUGGCUGGCUACAGGCCCUCUAACAACAUGGCUGUCUUCAUCCCAAAUGAUGGAACCCACUGCCGAGAUGUUGAUGAGUGUGAGGUGACGGGGCUGUGUGGAGAGGGGGGUCUGUGUAGAAACGUGGAGGGCAGCUUUGACUGUAGCUGUCAGGUGGGAUACCAAGUCCACRACGGAACUGAGCCCUUUCACCCACAAAGAGACAAAGCUUCCUGCAAAGUGGUGGACUGUGGUCAGCCGGCUGCAGUGGAGGACACGGUCCAGCUGUCUGUCGCAGGAACCACGUAUGGCAGCGUGGUCUUAUAUGUCUGUGAUGAAGGCUUUGUGUGGAGGAGGGGAGAGAACAGCUCUGUGUGUGGAGCUGAUGGACUGUGGAGAGGACCCACUCUGGUCUGUGAAGAGACCGUUUGUGGAACUCCUCCUUUCAUUGAAUCCACAGAGCAGCUGUGGAACAAUCAAUCAACUCCUGGCAGCAUUGUGCUAUAUGUCUGUAUGAAGGGCUUUUAUUACAAAAGAGGACAAAAUGUAUCCAUCUGUAAGAAUAAUGGUCACUGGACAGGCCCAACUUUGUCAUGUCAAGAGGUCUUGUGUGGAGAUCCCCCCACUGUGCCCCACACUGCACAGGUGUGGAACAGCAGCUCCAGGCCUGGAAGCACAGUGACUUACGUCUGUAAAACAGGAUUUUAUCAUCAUCAGGGUAGCGAUGAGUCAGUGUGCACAAUUAAUGGUUACUGGACAAAGCCUGAUAUUUUGUGUAAAGAAGUUGAGUGUGGAGAGCCUUUACCCAUCCCUCAUGCGAGCAUUCUGUGGGAUAACAGCUCCACUCUGGGCUCCCAGGCUGCUUACAUGUGUGACCAUGGAUAUGUCAGUGUUGGAGGAGGGAAUGUAUCAGUUUGUACAGCCAGUGGAAAAUGGGAUCAAACCUCUUUGUCCUGUCAAGAAAUCAUUUGCACAGAACCUCUUUUUAUACAACACUCUAAAAUGCAAUGGGACGGCAAGGCACACGUCGGUAGUGUUGUGUAUUACCAAUGUGAGGAAGGAUAUUACACCAGAGGCCAAAGAAACAACUCUGUUUGUGGAGAAAAUGGAUUGUGGGAAGAUGUUGACCUAUGGUGUGAAGAAAUAAACUGCGGUUCCCCCAAAACCCUCCCCAACACURAGCUUCUGUGGGACCAUAGCAGCAGAGUGGGCAGCGUUGUGCUGUAUGAGUGUGUGGAUGGAUUUUACCAGCAGAGUGGAAAUAAUUAUUCAACGUGUUCACUAAUAGGAGAGUGGGGGGAAGUAUCUAUAAAAUGCAAAGCUAAAUGCGGCCCGAUUCCCUCCCUGGCAAACUCUGAAGUGGUGUGGCAUAACAGGAGCAUUGUGGUUCAUCGCUGUGAAGCCGGKUACCACAGCUGGAGGGGCACCGACACGUCUCUGUGUGGCAGCUCAGGGGUGUGGCAGGAGGCCACGCUCAAGUGCAUUGAAAUCAAGCCACCUAUCAGUUACCUGGUCAUCCAUAAUGGAAACUGUCUGCAGUGGAAAGCUGAAAAAUAUGAGGAAGAUACAGAAAUAUAUGAGGUGACUUACACUGGAUCCAGAGACUUCCAGAGAUCCUUUCAGCACAAAGGGCAACGUUUCCUGACGUCCAAAGCUGACGAGCUGAAACUUUGCCUCAAGCUGCUGCCUGUAACGAACUACAGCAUCUCUGUGACGGCAGCAUCAGCCAGAUUUACAGCCACCAUCAACGCUAACACCAGCUUAACAGAACCUCCUGCACCAGCUGUUUACUACACAGAAUUAGAGAGUCCAGUGCCAAYGCUGAGGCUACGAAGGUCACCCAACACUUUGGACCCAAUAAGUCUGUACCAAAUCUUUGUGCUUCCUGUGGAGGGGAUCAUGACGUUUGACUGCUCCUCUCCCGUGAGCUUAGACGCUUUGGACAAAAUCAAAUCAGCAUCAGAGUACAUCACUGCCCAGCUUCAUGUCCAAGAUGUUGGGACAGAAAUAAACUUUACUGUAGGGGAUGGUUUCCWCUAUGGGGGCUUUUAUAAUGCUCCGCUGGAGAGCAGCAGAACCUAUUACAUCAUCCUACGAGCUGUCAGUCAGUGGAAACUGGCCUCGAAAAGUUGCUGUGUGCUGUGGGCAAAGAUAGCAGGCACAUCGUAUGUUCUGAGGGCUGCAUCGCUGUCUGCUGCUGCGUUCAUAGGAGUGGCUGCCUUGGUUACAUUGGGAGGAUACAGUUUCACCUGGUAUGGAAGAUAAACCACAUUUCAUCAUCCACACUUUUAAAUCUGUGUAAAUGUUUAAACACAUUAAAAGUAAAAGUGCUUCUUAAGACUCAUUUUUAUUCAAAGGCAUUUAAUUAAAA